CCCCACUUCUCAGUACCUACCGACCUACCUACCCAUCUUUGUUUCCUGCCAUUUACUAAACAGAGAGAAACGCAAACUCUCAUUGACUCUACCAUCUCGUUUGCGAAACCUUCAAGAUUCUCUUCUCUGCCACCAUAUCCCUUUGAAAAAGCAAUCAAAAUGUCAUCUUCGAUCAAGCAACCCAAUGUCAUCACUUGCAAAGCUGCGGUGGCAUGGGGAGCUGGGGAGGCAUUGGUGAUGCAGGAAGUGGAAGUGAGUCCUCCACACCCUCAAGAGAUCAGAAUCAAAGUGGUCACUACCUCUCUCUGCCGCAGUGACCUCUCUGCUUUGGAUUCUCAUGCUAUAUUUCCUCGGAUAUUUGGCCAUGAAGCAUCAGGGAUUGUUGAGAGUAUUGGGGAGGGAGUGACUGAAUUUGAAGAGGGCGACCAUGUGCUCACAGUGUUCACUGGAGAAUGCAAGACAUGUAGACAGUGCAUGUCUGGAAAAAGCAACAUGUGCCAAGUAUUGGGGUUGGAAAGGCGAGGUGUAAUGCAUAGUGACCAAGGAACACGCUUCUCAAUCAAUGGGAAACCAGUUUAUCAUUAUUGUGCAGUUUCAAGUUUCAGUGAAUAUACAGUGGUGCACACUGGAUGUGCUGUUAAAGUUAGCUCCGCUGCACCUCUGGAAAAAAUAUGCCUUCUUAGUUGUGGUCUGGCUGCCGGUUUGGGAGCAGCUUGGAAUGUUGCUGAUAUAUCUAAAGGAUCAACUGUAGUGAUUUUUGGUCUUGGGACUGUAGGCCUUUCUGUUGCGCAAGGUGCUAGAAUUAGAGGGGCAUCUCAAAUAAUUGGUGUUGACACUAACCCUGAAAAAUGUGACAAGGCAAAGGAUUUUGGAAUAACUGAGUUUAUCAACCCAAAUGACUGCAACGAACCUAUUCAACAGGUUAUCAAACGUAUUACUGAUGGAGGGGCAGAUUACUCAUUUGAAUGCAUCGGUGACACUGGAAUGAUUACAACUGCAUUACAAUCUUGCUGUGAUGGAUGGGGAUUAACAGUUACUCUCGGUGUGCCAAAAGUUAAGCCUGAAGUAUCUGCUCAUUAUGGCCUAUUUCUUUCUGGAAGAACAUUGAAGGGCUCUUUAUUUGGAGGUUGGAAACCAAAAUCAGAUCUUCCUUCAUUAGUUGACAUGUAUAUGAAUAAGGAAAUCCAGAUAGAUGAGUUCAUUACACAUAAUCUGCCAUUCGAGGAAAUCAACAAAGCUUUCGAACUCAUGAGAGAAGGGAAGUGUCUACGCUGUGUCAUCCACAUGCCAAAAUAACUCGGCUUCUGGCUGAAGAAGUUUGUUAGAGGGGGUAAGUGGAGCAAAGAUGAGUGUUUAUUCAAGGUUAUGCCUAGUUGCUGGUCAAUGUGAUCAUAUACAUUGGGAUGAUUGUACCUGUGAAGAUUUGUUUGAACUUGAUGAAAUGGUUCAUGCGUUACAGAA